AUUUAGCAGAACUCGGCGGAAGCGAUUCCAAUGGCUGCGAUGCUUCAGUCACGGCUGGGCUUGCCAAGGCUGGUGCAUCUCUCCGCCUCCCCGGGGUGCUGCAAAGAGCCCUUGGCGCCUUUGGCGCGGGGAGCGUGGACGACGUCGUCGCCAGCGCUUCUUCGAGCUGCCUUCUUCGCCUUGACCCUGCGCCGCGCCGGGUCCGGGUCCACGCCGCGGCGGGCCUUCGCGGCGGGACCGGCGACGGCUGAGGCGGCGGAAGCGGAAGCGGAAGCGGACGCCGAAGCGGCAGGGCAGGGCCUGCUGCUGGUGGUGGGCUGCUCGCCGGACUUGGCGGAGCUCUGCGUGCCCCAGCGCCGCUUUCGCCGGGUCCUGCGGGCGCCACCCCUGCGGAGCCCACAGGAGGUGGAGGACUUGAUGGCUCUGGCGCACGCCGAGCAUCCGGAGCUGGAGAUCCAAGGCCUGCUGCACGGAGGGCCUUCCGCUUCCUCGAGCUCCUCCUCACUGACCUCCCCCGGUGCGGCGGAGGCGCUGGACGCCAGCCUGCGUUCGCUGGCGCUGCUGGCGCCGGUCCUAGAGAAAUUGCCCCACGCGCGGCUGGUGAGCUGGUCCUCGGACCUGGGCUUCGCCAGCCCCGCCAGCUGGGCGCCGCAGGGCGCCGGCAUGGCCGCGCUGGCUUGUAACUUCAUGGAGCAGUACAUCCAGGCCUUGGCGCACCAAAUGCGGAAGUCUGGGGUCACCGUCUAUGGCAUGCGCUUCACUGAGGAGGCCGUGAGGAUCUCUCUGGAUUCCGACCAAAACGCCCGUCAUCAGCUGGAGAAGGAGAUCCAGGAGGUCUGGUCCUUGCCUCGCCGCGAAGCCCAUGGCCAGAUCUUCGAAGUGGGCAGGCCCUUGGUCAGCUUCAGCACCCAGAGCGCCCGGGGAGGCUCGGUGUUGGGCAGCUCCCUGGAUGUGCAGUGGGCGCUGAGGAGCGCGGUGAAGGACGCCGCCAGCUACCCUGUGGAUGGCCGGCCAGCCACCUACAAGGCUUUGGCCGACGCUUUGCGCACGGCUCCGGAGCGCCUGGUCUGGGCCCACGGCGCCUCGGACGUGAUCUUGCGCACCGCGCUGGCGGCGGCCAAGCGAGGUACCGGCGACAGGGCUCUCAUGCAAAGCCCCUCCUGGCCCAAUGCGGCCUCGUUGCUGCGCGCCGGCGGCCUCAAAGUGGACACCGUGCCGUACCCGGACCCCUCCGAGGGGGCGGAGGGCGGCGAUUCCUGGGAGCUUCUCCGGGAGAGGUUGGACGUUCCGCCGGCCUUGGUGUACUUGGUGCACCCUCACUUCCCAACGGGAGUGAAGGACCCCCACUUCGCCGAGUCUCUCCAGGAGCUCCUGGCUGCGGGCGCGUUCCAGCGCUCCUUGGUGGCGGUGGACCAGACCUACCUGGGCUUCACGGAGCUGACCACAGACGAUGAACUCCUUGAGAGCCUGGCGGAGGAGUACGACAACGUGGUGCUGAUUCGCUCCCUGUCGAAGGUGGAAGGCCUGGCGGCCUUGAGGCUGGGCUACGCCAAGAGCACGGUGCGCACGGUGCAGCAGAUCACGGAGACGUUGCCCUUCUACGGGGGCCUGUACGUUUCAGAAAUGGCCUUGUCAGGCGCCCUGGCAGCGAUUUCUGGGCCGGUGGCUGUGGAGCACCGCCAGCAGGUCUUGGACUUCUACGCGGCCGAGCAGCAGUGGCUGCGGGAGCAGCUGGAGGCUUUGGGCUUCAAGACCUCCGCGGCCUCCGCGCCCUUCUUCCCCCUGCGGGGCCCCGGCGCCGCGCUGCGCAAGGCCGCGGAGGGCGGCGCAGCGUUGCAGUGCUUCAGCUUCGGGGAGGAGGAUGCGCAGCGGACCCCUGCGGUGUGUCUUGUGGCGGACCGAGCUUCAAACCAUUCCACCAUCAGGAUGUUGAAGGAGGCCCUGGAGACGACCAAUCCACCCGGCUGGGCUGAGAUGUGGGUGCCUCACAGCUUGGCUCGAGCCUACCUUUCAUCAGUCUGGUACGGAAUAGCUGCAGCUUGGCUCCAGCUGUGGCUCACCGGAUCCGCCAUCAAAGUGAGCCUGGAGUGGACCUGCGGCUGUGAUGUGUCCCUGACGCGGGAGGUGGUGGAAGUGGAUUUCAAGCCAGUAGAGAUCGAGGUGGAAUUGUGGGAAGUCGGGGGCACCAAGACCUAUUCUUGCGCCCGCCCAGUCUUCUACGAGUCGCUGGACGCCGUAGUGCUGGUGUACGACGUGUCGAACAUGAAGUCCUACCAGGGCCUUGUGGCCUGGCUCUUCGAGUUGUGCUCCACCGUACGGCCGCCGUCCCUGAAAUAUUGGGACACCGGGGGCGGCAGUGGCGGCGAGCCUGACAUGGACGUGGAGCUGGGGGACAUGAAUGCCCACGAGCAGGCGAUCCUGUCCGGCCGCUGUCCGGUGUUGUUCGUGGCCAACAAGUGCGACUUGCAGGACCCUCAGGACUUCGCGCGCAGCAAGCCGAGGCCAAAGGUGCCUGAGAAGCCUCCGCUGAUGGACCGAUUGCUCGGGGGCGGCGCGGGGGACGCCUUCCUGCAAACCCGGAGGUCCGCUGCGGAGGCGCAGCUCCUGGAGAGGCUCUGCGACUUUGUGCAGCAGGGCCGCCACACCGAGGCCAGCUGCAGGGAUGGCAAGCUGCAGUUCGACUUUUGCCUCUGGAAAGACUUCGUGCGGCGCGCGCACAAGGUGAAACAGCGCGACCCAAAGGCCGGUCUCUGAUUCG